GUUGGCAAGUUGACGGAGAGCGCGAUCUUUUUGUUUUUUAGAGUUUUGGAAGGGAGUAGGUGGGGGUGGGAUUUACGUUUUUUAAGAACGAUCAACAUUAGCGACUAUAAAAGUAGGGACCCUUGGCUUUCCCCCCUCCAUUCACUUUAUCCUUCCACCCUCUUGUCAAGCUUCUUCAUAUUGCCAGCUCACGGCGAUUGGCAAGGCGGUUCUCCUCAGCAGAGAUCUACAGGAACUGCUUCUACUGAACGUGCCACGCUUCUCUCAUCAUCCUCGCACCCAACGCAUUACGGUACUUCCCCAUCGUCGGCAAUGACAUACAAGGCUUCAGGACCCACCAAGGUCCAGUCAAGAUACCCGACUCAAUAUCAGCAAUUUGCUCAAAAGGCAAAGAAUGGUCUCCGUCAUGUUCCCGAAUAUAGCGUCGACUAUGUCCGCGGGUUGUUCCCUAUCGCUAGCUGGUUGCCCCGUUACAACAGGGACUGGCUUUAUGGUGAUUUAAUUGCCGGUUUGACGGUUGGAAUUGUAGUCAUUCCACAGGCCCUUGCUUAUGCCAAACUCGCCACUCUUCCCCUUCAGUAUGGUCUCUAUACUUCCUUCACUGGUGUUCUGAUCUACGCUCUGUUUGCCACGUCUAAAGACGUUACCAUCGGUGCCACCGCUGUCCUUUCUCAGUUGACGGGUCAAGUUCUCGCCACGUACAAUGCUGACAAGUCCAUGGAUCCUGUCACCUUUGCCAUCGCGGUUUCGUUCUUGACUGGUCUAAUUCAAUUAGCGCUGGGUCUCUUUCGACUGGGUAUCAUUGUUGACUUCAUUCCUGCUCCUGUCAUUGCCGGAUUUACGACUGGUGCUGGUAUCGGAAUCAUCAUUGGCCAGUUUGCCGGGCUCCUCGGUAUCAAGGGAAUCAACACAAACGAUCCUGCCUACCAAGUUCUUGGAAACACUUUGAAAGCCCUAGGACAGACGCAGCUGGACGCGGCGUUUGGCUUUGCCGGUCUGGUAUCUCUCCUACUGUUCAAGUUUGGUUGUCGAUACGCAGUUAAGCGCGGUUAUCCUUUCAUGAAAUGGGUCUCCCUUUCCCGGAACGCAGUUGUCAUCAUCAUCUUCACCGCGAUCAGCUACGCUAUUAACCACCAGAACCGCAAGUCGCCCAGAAUUCGGAUUGUUGGGGAUAUUCCAAAGGGAUUUGGUCCCAUUCACGUUCCGGACGUUAGCGAUCUCAGCAAGGUGGCCCCAGCAUCUGUCACCGUCGUCAUCGUUGCAAUUCUCGAGCAUAUUGCGGUUGUAAAAAGUUAUGGUCGUCUAAACGGCUACCGCCCAGAUGCCAACCAAGAAUUAGUUGCUUUGGGUUUCACCAACUUUCUCGGAUCCUUCUUGGGUGCCUACCCGGCAACCGGAUCUUUCUCCCGAUCUGCAAUCAAAUCUCAAUCUGGCGUCCGAAGUCCGCUUGCCGCGCUGUUCACCGCCGCGAUCGUUGUCCUGGCACUGUAUGUGCUGACCCCACUCUUCUACUAUAUUCCUAGUGCCAUCCUGUCCGCAAUCAUCAUUAGUGCCAUCAGUGACCUGAUCAGUCGGCCAGCUCUCGUCAAGCAGCUCUGGGACAUUCAAUUCUUGGAUCUGUUUGCUUUCCUUCUGGCUCUCGUUUUCACGUUCUUCUUCAGUAUCGAGACUGGUAUCUAUGUGUCUGUCGGCUUUGCUGUUGCCGUCCUUCUAUAUCGUCUUGCUCGCCCGCAUUACCAAGUUUUGGCUCGUUCGAACGACACUGGUAUCUGGGUGAAUGUAAAGGACGCUCAACUCGGCCACACUGCGUCACCACCGCCACCUGGGGUUUUGGUAUUCAAGCUGGAGGAGAGUUUGACCUACCCAAAUGCCAACUAUUUUGCGGAGCAUAUCAAGGAAAUUAUGAUUGAAAGUACGGAAUUUGGGGGCCCGAUAUUAAAAUCAAAUCAGAAACUGUGGUGUGAUGAUACGGACGAUAAGAUCAAAAGAGCGAGGAAGGCCCUCGCCAAAAAGAAGGCUGUGUCAGAACAGGAGAUCGUUCCAGAUAUUCGUCUGGAAAUUCGCGAUAAUGACAACUCUCCGAGUGUCACACCGCCUCGAAAAGAAAGCGUCGACUCGGGUUCUCACUCGGACGAGACAUUGACAAGUCUUCCUCGUCUUCGCGCGGUUGUUUUUGAUUUUUCUGCAGUCAACGGGAUCGACUCUACUGGUGUUCAAACUCUAGUCGACCUUCGUCGGGACAUGGAUGCGUUUGCCGGACAACGAGUUGAAAUCCACUUUGCUCACGUGCGGCCACGAUUCGAACGUAUACUGGAAUACUUUCUAGCGAUUACACGAACAGACCGGGAUGUUACCCCAGUUGUUCCCACAGAUAUUCCUAUUGAGGAGACUGCCACCAACUCUAAUCCCCCAAGUUCUACCGACAAAAACCUAGUUCCUUUUGUUGAUGUAAGAGAGUUGUUCCACGCUACCGUUGACCUGGCAGUUGCUGCGAUUGAGCGCCGCCGUAGUCGUGCAUCCAGCUUUGAAAAGAAGCAGCCCGAGAUUGACGAGAUCAAGGUGCACAGUUAGUGUAGAAUAGCAAACUCUCUCGCAUAUUGGAUUUAUUUUGUGUAUAUAUGCUGUUUCCUUUAUUUUAUUGGUGUUGGAAUGUUAUACCGAAUACAUCUUUUAACAAAAGAGUGUGCGUUGUGAAGUCUCC